UUUUCUUCCCCUCCUUCUCCAGUACCGUCUAUCUAAUCACACAAAACCCUUGCAAUGCAACCCCCAAAUCAGGACAAAACGUAUAUCACAUUCGAUAUAUAUGCUAAAUCAAACUUACAUAUUUGCACAUAUAUACCCGAAUUUUUUUAUAAUUAUGGAUGACGGAGAAGGAGUUUUAAGCUUCGAUUUCGAGGGGGGCCUAGAUACGGGCCCAACACAGCCCACAGCAUCUGUACCUGCAACCCAUUCAUCGGCAGACCCGAUCACAGAUUCGGGCCCAGCCGCCAAUGCCAACAAUUCAUCAGCUGCCCAAGUUCAGGUGGUCCAGGCGGCGGAUGGGCUGGGAGGGGGCAGGCGGAGCUUCCGGCAGACGGUGUGCAGGCACUGGUUGCGAUCGCUUUGCAUGAAGGGUGAUGCCUGUGGAUUUCUCCACCAGUACGACAAGUCACGGAUGCCCAUCUGUAGGUUCUUCCGCCUCUAUGGGGAGUGCCGUGAGCAGGACUGUGUGUAUAAACAUACAAACGAGGAUAUCAAAGAAUGCAACAUGUAUAAAUUGGGAUUUUGUCCAAAUGGUCCUGAUUGUCGAUAUAGGCAUGCAAAGCUGCCCGGACCUCCACCUUCCGUGGAAGAAGUUCUUCAGAAGAUCCAGCAGUUGGCAUCCUUCAACUAUGGAAACCCAAACAGGUUUCAAAACCGUAAUUCUAAUUAUGCCCACCAGACAGAAAAACCACAGUUCCAAAAAGGGCUCGAUGGGGUGAAUCUGGUUGGAACUACGACCAUGACAGAGUCCUCUAAUGUGCAUCAGCAACAAAAUCAACAGUCUCAUCAGCAGGUCAGCCAGGCUCAAGUACAGAAUCUUCCUAAUGGCCAGCAAAAUCAAGCUAGUAGGACAGCUACAUCCUUGCCCCAAGGAACAUCUAGGUAUUUUAUUGUCAAAAGUUGCAACCGUGAGAAUCUGGAAUUGUCUGUACAACAAGGAGAAUGGGCAACCCAACGAAGCAAUGAGCCUAAACUAAAUGAAGCUUUUGAUUCUGUUGAAAAUGUCAUUUUGAUCUUUUCAGUCAACAAGACUAGGCAUUUUCAGGGUUGUGCAAAGAUGACAUCUAGAAUCGGUGGCUCCAUCAGUGGAGGAAAUUGGAAGCACGCACAUGGAACUGCUCACUAUGGGCGGAAUUUUGAUGUCAAGUGGUUAAAGCUCAGUGAAUUGUCCUUCCAUAAAACGCGGCAUUUGAGAAACCCAUUCAAUGAGAACUUACCAGUGAAAAUAAGCAGAGACUGUCAAGAGCUAGAGCCCUCUAUUGGAGAGCAGUUGGCCUCCUUACUCUACCUUGAGCCAGACAGUGAACUUAUGGCUAGCUCACUGGCAGCAGAAUCAAAACGAGAAGAGGAGAAGGCAAAGGGAAUCAAACCUGGCAAUGAGAGUGAAAACCCUGAUAUUGUACCCUUUGAAGAUAAUGAAGAGGAGGAAGAGGAAGAAAGUGAAGAAGAGGAUGAAAGCUAUGGACAGGGUUUCGGACCGGGAGCCCAAGGAAGGGGAAGGGGCAGAGGAAUAAUGUGGCCUCCUCACAUGCCUCUAGCACAUGGACCCCGACCUUUCCCCGGGAUGCAGGGCUUCCCCCCUAACAUGAUGGGUGGUGAUGGUUUUCCUAUGCCUGAUCUUUUUGGUAUGGCACCUGGGGGCUUUGGACCAUACGGUCCUAGAUUGUCGGGUGAGCUCAUGGGCCCCGGCUUGGGAAUGAUGUUUCCUGGCCGGCCUUCUGGAGGAUUUGGGAUGAUGGUGGGUCCAUGAAGACCCCCUUUCGUGGGUGCUGGUGCUGCAACUCCAGUACGAGCUGGGCGGCCAGGUGGUAUGCCGCCAUUUUUCCCACCUCCAUCACAACCUUUACAAAAUUUUAACCGGCCCGAGAGAGAUCAGAGAGCAUUAUCUGGCUAUAGGAACGAUAGAUUCAAUUAUGGUUCAGAUCUGGGUAUGGCUGGCUCGGUUGGAACCAGUGAUGAGGCACAAAAUCAGCACAGAUGGAAAGCCCUGUCAGAGGAUCAGUAUGGUGCUGGAAACAACUUCAGAAACGACCAAAGUGAUAGCGAGGAUGAGGCUCCGAGAAGGUCGAGACAUGGGGAGGGAAAAAAGAAGAGGCACAGUAUGGAGGUAGAUGCUACCACUCCUUCCGAUCAACCUAUGUAGCUAUAGCAUUGACGAUUGAAUCAAGCUUGUGCCUGCACAUCCCAGUAGUUGAGGAUAUUUGAGACGGCAAAAUAGAGCAUUCUUCUAUGAUUAACUGUAUUUUUAUGCAUAUUGGCCUCCUUUUGUGUUUCAACUUUACAGUUAAAAGGGAUAGUAUUUGAUUUAUACGAGGUUGUGAUGUCACUGUUUUGGGAUGUGAUUUGGCUGUAGGCCCGUUAACAUUAAUGUUCCCUCCCACCAGGAAAAAGGAAAAUGAUGAUACAGGUACUGCAUUUGCGAACGUA